GGCCUCUCUUCCAUCCAGUCUCAAGAGCUCCCGAAACUCCCCCCACUGGCUUAUGAUCGGCGAUCAUUGAAACAGGAUUUUGCGCCUUUGAAUCUACACUGACAAUCGCUUUCAUUCCAUUUCUUUCAGAGGACUUUAGAAGUUUCAACCCGGAAAGAUCUGAAGAGGAUGGCAGCAAUUUACAGCCUCUACAUCAUCAACAAAUCUGGUGGCUUGAUCUUCUACAAGGAUUAUGGAUCUGCUGGACGAAUGGACACGAACGAUAGCUUGAGAGUGGCGAGUUUAUGGCAUUCGAUGCAUGCCAUUUCCCAGCAGCUUUCGCCUAUUUCUGGUUGUUCGGGUACUGAACUCCUUGAAGCCGACACAUUCGAUCUCCAUUGCUUCCAGUCACUUACUGGAACAAAGUUUUUUGUUGUGUGUGAGCCUGGGACACUGCACAUGGAGGGUCUUCUGAAGUACAUUUAUGAGUUAUACACAGAUUAUGUCUUGAAGAAUCCAUUCUAUGAGAUGGAGAUGCCUAUUCGGUGUGAGCUCUUUGAUAUCAACCUAGUGCAGGCAGUGCAAAAGGAUCGUGUUGCUUUGCUUGGUCGAUGAGCUUUCGAUAUCCUUCAUUUUGCCAGUAUUAACCAUCCACAAUUCAAGAAAGAAAGGCUCAUUGCCUGCUAAAUGUACUCCAUGAAUAGUGACUCGUUUGAUAUUUGGUGGAAAUAGAAUGGUCCUUUUCUGUGUUCACUGGAUAAUCAUGGUUAAUUUUAUAUCCAAUUUUCCGAAUGAUUAACGU